AGUUUAGUUCUCAAAUUGACUUCAGCUCUCAGCUGUGUGCCACAACACACAGUCUAGAAGCCUUUGAGGAGAUCAAUGGAUCAAAGCUCACCUUCUGAGGCCCCUGGCACGAGUUGGGAGAUGGAAGGUAGUAGCUUCAUCAACAGGACCAACUCUCCAGGUGGCAAUGCCCUCAGUGAACUGGGCCUUCCCACAUCAAUCGCCAAUCAAGAAAAUCCCCCAGAGGCUUCCUUACAGGCAAUAGAGAGGAUGUCCACAGAAGACGAGGACACAGAGACGAUUCCCUUGCAACCUAUACUCCAGAACUUCAGAAAACAAAAAGUGAUGAUUUCAAAUGCAAUAAAGAAGCCAUUUCCUUUUUUUGAGGUGCUUCGUGACAGUGAUCUCAUCACUGAAAAAAUGUACACAGAUUUUAAAGAUUCCUGUACAAACCUGGUUCCUGUAGAAAUUGUGGCCUACAGAGCCCUAGAAGAACUGGAGAAGAAAUUUGACCUGAAUGUUCUAUGGGCAUUGUUCAGUCUUGGAAAUAUGAGUGAAUACCCUGAUUUGGAACCCAUUUCCAAAGACUUUGAAAAUGUCUUAUCACAGAACGAAUUGUGUUUUGAUGAAAAUGAUAGAGGGGACCCAAACGUGCAGCUACGUCUUGAACAAGGACCUGCUCAAGGAAGCCUGAUCUGUUCACCCUCAGCUCCGAGAACUCACAUAUGGAACAAUAUGGAUUUAAGCCUUCCUGAGCUCCCCGUGAUCUGUGGUAAUGCUAAGGGGAUUCUGAAUAAGGAGAAAUUUGUGAAAGGCAUCCAUGAGAAGAGUAUACGGACUGACGAUGGAGAAUGGUUCAGUCUCAGGGAGUUUGAAAUCAAAGGAAACCUUGAAAGAUCCAAGAACUGGAGGCAAAGCAUACGUUGCGGUGGAUGGACCCUGGGAUACUUAAUAAAGUUACAGAAUGUUCCAGCAGUUCUUCUUCCAGGUCAUCAUCUCAUGCUUGUUCUUGAACAGCUGAGUAUUGUGGGUCAGACCUGUAAUCCCAGCACUUGGGAGACUGAGGCAAGGAGAAUUCUCCGAGAUCAAGGAUGGCUUACACUCUGUAGUGAGUUCCAGGCCUACCUCAACUCCAUCUACCCAAAAAUAAAAGUAAAAGAAGGAAAUAAUUUUGAAAUAAGUUAUUUGUUCUUCAUUUUUAUCAAUGCUGUAAAUUGGGAAAACCAGGAGAUUUCCUAGAUAGCUGGACCAAUUUCCUUCGAUGUAGGGUACACAGAUGUUUUUGGCAUGUAUCUCAGAUGGCCUUUCCCUGUGACAUCCUCACAAUAAAGCACAAACGUUUGCUCAAGUAUUGGCUGAGCUGCAUCUGAAACCAUGGGGAGUAUAGGUGUGAGUCCCUGGCCUGGGCAAGGCUGCAACUUCAUACCCUACCUGCAGUUACUACUGUGGAGGAGAGGAGUCUGUAGGAAAUGAUACUGCAGCUAAGGGUGGGAUGGCUAUUUGGAGGUUUAGGACAAAAACCGUGUCAUUGAUCAGUCUUCCCUGAGCUGGGUCAUAGAGGAGGACAGUUCUGAACAAGUGUAGAAUUCAGCUUUCUAUGCAGGGAAAGAAGAGUGUGAGAAACCAGCCCUCAGUGUGUCUAAAAUCUGUGGAUGAUCAAAUGGCAUCUCUUGUCUGAGCUCACUGUGAAAAUCACCAGGACAGGAAAACUGGAUUUAAAUAUUUCCUUGACUCAAUGUGGGGCGUAUGAGAAGUAAUUUCCAUGAAGACAGCUUGUAUUUAACAAGGUUACAUACAGACAGAAAUCUCUAGAAGAUGGUGAGAAAUACCUCACUCAAAAACUAAAAGCAGGCCGGGCGGUGGUGGUGCACGCCUUUAAUCCCAGCACUCAGGAGGCAGAGGCAGGUGGAUCUCUGUGAGUUCGAGGCCAGCCUGGUCUACAAGAGCUAGUUCCAGGACAGGCUCUAAAAAAG